GGGCCUGGAAAUGAAGAUUUGAUUGUGAGAUGUCCUAAACAAGGAAGAUCUCGUUACCCUGUGGAUUGGUAUUACUCACAAACAAAUGAAAGUAUUCCCACCCAGAAAAGAAAUCAUGUAUUUGCCUCAGGGGAACAUCUUAAGUUUCUACCAGCCAAAGUCAAUGAUUCUGGGAUUUAUACUUGCAUUAUCAGAAGUCCCACCCUCAAUCUUACUGGACAUGCAAAUGUCACCAUACAUAAGAAACAACCAGAUUGUGACAUUCCAGAUUAUUUGAUAUUUUCAACAGUAUUUGGAUCAGAAAAAAAUUCCAAAAUAUAUUGUCCUACAAUUGACUGCUAUAAUUGGACAGCACCUGUUGAGUGAUUUAAGAAUUGUCAAGCUCUUCAAGGACAGAGGUUCAGGGCAUACAGGUCAUUUUUGGUAAUUGACAAUGUGACAAGUGAUGACGAAGGCGACUACACCUGUAAGUUCACACACAAUGAAAAUGGAGCCAAUUACACUGUGACAGCUACCAGAUCAUUCGCAGUGAACAAUGAGCAAGGCUUUUCUCUGUUUCCAGUAAUUAUAGCCCCUCCACACAAUGAAACAAAGGAAAUAGAAAUCGGAAAAACAGCAACCAUAGUUUGCUCUGCUUGCUUUGGGAAAGGCACUCAGUUCUUGGCGGCUGUCCUGUGGCAGGUUAAUGGAAGCAAGGUCAGGGACUUCGGUGACGCAAGAAUUCAGGAGGAAGAAGGGCAAAGGCGAACUUCCAGCAGUGACAUGAUGUGUCUAAACACGGUUCUGAGAAUAGCCGCCGUGAAGGACGAUGAUUUGUCACUGAAGUAUGACUGCGUGGCCCUGAAUCUGCACGGCGUGAGACGGCACAGCCUGAGACUCAGGAGGAAAGACCCAAUUGAUCAUCAAAGCAUAGCUGCAGGAUGUAGCAUAUUAAUUCUAAUCAGUGUCUUCGUGAUAAUCCUAAAAGUGUUCUGGAUCGAUGUUAUUCUGCUCUGGAGAGACAUAGCUAGACCUUACCAAACUAAGAAUGAUACUUUGGAUCCAUGGUUGAAUCUACAAAUGCAGAUCCUGCACACAGGGAGUUAUAACACAGCUCUUCGGACUGUUGAAAUCACCCAUAUCUUUGAAAAUUCCAUGAAGAAAGAACUGCAUAUACAGGUUAUCAGAAUGCGGCUGGUGCGUUCAGAGGGCACGUCAGAGAUCCUUGUGGAGCGCCCCAAACCUACAUUAAACAGGCAGCAGAUGAGGGAGGCGACCGAGGGAGGAAAUGAAAGUGCACGAGGCCGGACUGGGGCCGGGCUGGGCAAACGCACCAGGGCAAGAGCGAGCUGGCAGAGGAGUUGGCUAAGACGGUCCAUUCAUUCACUGAUUUUUGUCCUUGAACCGACCUCACGUGAGGACCGAUUCGGACCUCUCACCAAUCCACACUCUGAGGCUCCGGCGCCGAACUCCGGGCUAAAGGGAUCAGCCCCGGAAUCUUCUGCACCGGAACUUGAUGAGCAAGUUACUUCUGUUGCCACCCGGCCCAACUCUCAGGUGGCGCUUCCGGUCAGGGAAAAAUGGCCGCGGCCGUUCAGGACUCACGUGUGA